AUGAUCCUAGAACGAGCACCAUUCUCUUCUUGCGACAACAUUCCUGCGCAGCCACUUUCAUCUGCGCAUUGUUCCAAAGACAGCGGCAACCCUCCAUGCCGUUGGCUGCCCGAUCACAGCCCCGAGUAUAAAUUUACUCCCACCGCAAACAGAUUCAGCGUCCUAGCACACCCUGACAAGUCAUCAACAUAUUCACCAUGGCAUUCCAACGCAUCGACCUCCAAUGCUAACCCGCGGCGGCGGCGUAAACGUGCCGGAAAGCGCCACAAGAUCCAGAGAAAAAGUGCUGGGAUAGCUAGGCUACGUACAACGGAGAGCAUCGUCGCCCUUGGUCACAAGAUCCCCACACAGUGUCUCGAGGAUAAUUCAUCGUCCGCUACCGGGGACCCUCGAGAUCUAAACCAAAGUCGAUACCUACCAGAUGUUACCAGCAGCCUUUGCUUUGCAAUAAACAGUUCUGAUUGGCCGCCACAGCUACAAUCAGAUACACUACCCACCACACUCCCAUUGACGAAUCCAUCGCUGCCGAGUGUGAAAUCAUGCUCGUCAGUGGAAACAACACUCGCUUCGAAUUCCCAACCGUCAAGGGUGCCGCAAAGGCAACCACGGUUGUUUACCCUUUCACAAUUCCUAGAUUGCAACGACGCCACAGGCCGUUGGCCGUCUAAAUCUGCAUUCCCGCAACCUUUGGUAACAACAGAAGUCUCCCAAGGUUCAAAUAGUCUUGCCGAAUCUGCACCAUUAUUCCUCGCACGCCAAAAGGAACUGGCAGUUAAAGCUUGCGGACACGCCUUCAAGAGACCUUUGUCUCCCAUUCUCUCACCUGAAGACGCCUUCGACUCGCAUCAGGCAGUUCUGGCUAUACUGGGUCUAGAAGAGCGCCCAAUCUUCACUGCUCCCUCUCAAGUUCCCGAAUUGAAACCUCUAUUCAAACCCUCAACUCAGAGAUUCAUGGACGCACUACCCGUUUCCGUGCCCAUUGGAAACGGAACAGAAGGUAAGCAUGCUAAGGAGACUUAUCGACGUAGACCGGUUCCCCUAUCGUGCCUGCAAGCAUUUGGAGGUUUCCGUUCCCUAUCCAACCCGCUCCUGCACUACAACUGGAUGGCAUCUCAGCCAACGACCUCAUUACCACCGCCUUGGUCAGUGUCCCAUCCUCUUCUAAGAGCAUAUCCAACGGAGCCCUACCCAUUUUUGCACAGCGACCCGCCUUCCAUGGGUUGUUUGAAUGCGUAUUGUCCUAUGACCGCAACUUUUACAUGUCCUUGUCUCUCGCAAAACUCUGAAUCCAGAGGUGGUAGCUUUCCAUACUUAGCGGGGUCAGCCGGAAACUUGAGCACGCGACAUGACAGCGGCUGGAUUGUGCGUCCUGGGGUCAUGUCAACUCCUACCGAACCAACGACAAGCAGAUCCCCUGACGAAGUCCGAGCCCAACAAGUCGACUCCAUAUUCGCCAAUCGAAACCCACGGGCGAAUGGACGUCUUCGCUCAUGUCCUCCCAUAACUAGUAGAUACUGCUUGGACUACUGGAUGAGGGUGGGCUCUCAAGGCUGGGAAAAGGAUAUUUGCUCCCCUUUCGAAACUCCCAAUCAAGAGCUUGAGGCAGAGGAAGAAUGGGUUUCUAUUUCCCGAGAGACCGACCAACAACAGAACGAAGACAAUAUAGACGAUACCUUGAACAGAGAGAUGGGGAAGGCCAAUGUCAACAGGGUGGAUAUCAUGGUGAGGUCAACAGCAUUCUCUGCUUCAGCUUGGAUAUGGAGAGGAGAGUGUAUGAGUGGGAUUAUCGAUUGUGCCGGCCAGGCAGGUGUGGGUGCAUGGUCAUGGAUUAAUUCACGUAACCACGUCCUGCUUUUGAAUGGUAGUGAUGGUAACAAUACUUGA